CUCCCGAAACAGGAAUACUUUAAUAAUGGGAAAGGUGUUCCGGGCUCCUCUCCAGGGACAUCUCUGGCGGCUGAUUUGUCACAAAACUUCAACCUCAACGAUGCCAGCAGCCCCAUGUUCCCGACCCCGCGCCGUGCCCUGUUCACGACGGCCGCCAUGAUGGACGCACUCGAGAGCCGUGGUAAGCUGGGGGAACAGAAUGAGAACACACAGACGGGCUGUGGGACUGACAAGUCGGGCGUGCAGGCUAUGUGACUACGCCGCCACUCCCGGCUUCGUCUCCCGGCUGCGCGGAUAUGAUGGACAUGUCCCCGCUGCCUCACAAGACUCCAUUUGUGGCACAUGAUGACCUUCCUUCGCCGACCCCGGGCUCCGACGAUGUGAUGAUGGAAACACCCGGCUCGCUGCAGCCUUCGAAGCCUAUCGUGGCCGAACGGAGAAGGAUCGGUCUCAGGCGGUCAUCUCUCACUCGAUCCAAAGGGUACACCGCGAUCGGCACGGUUGGCCGCACACAAGGCGAAGGUCAGCCCGCACCGUUCCGGUUCGAGGCCGGGGGUGAUGGGCAUUUCGAUUCUUCCCCCUCUUCAUCCCCGUCAUCGAGCGAGUGCUUCGAGGAUUCUCCACCACAAGACCGGCGCCCCAAGAGCGCCAACAGCCCUUGUGCUUCCAUGGCCGCCACCCGCCCCAAAGCGCACUUUAACAGCCUCAACAGUAUGAACGGCGUUCGGAAUGGGUCACCCAUUACCGGCCACGGACGCAGAUCGGCGAAUCCGUUCCUACGUCCGCGCAAGCAGCAGUAUCGACGCUCAUUGAGCAUGUUCGAAAACGCCGAGGAUGUGGUUGGGUCAAAAAAGGAGGGUCCGGCGUUGGCUUCCACGGCACUGCAGUCGGUCAUGGACUUGGAGGAACAGAACGAACUGGUCCUCCCGCACUUUUUUCCCGAGGACGAGUGUGACAACAUCCCGCGCAUCACGCGCGAGACCAUGAUUGACGUGCUCGACGGGAAAUAUAGCGACAAGUUCGACCACAAGAUGAUCAUCGACUGCCGGUUCGAGUACGAGUACGAAGGGGGCCACAUCGAUGGCGCCAUCAACUACAACGACAAGGAGUUGCUGGCCAGCCAGUUGGUCGAUAACCCCAUGGAAGGCCGUACUCUCCUGAUCUUCCACUGCGAAUACUCGGCACACCGCGCUCCGAUCAUGGCCCGUCAUCUCCGUGCAAGAGACCGGAACGAGAACGCCGCCCAGUAUCCCAAACUGUACUACCCCGAGAUCUAUAUCCUGGAUGGCGGCUACAGCGCCUUCUUUGCCGAGCACCGGGACCGUUGCUACCCUCAGGCCUACGUCGAGAUGAAUGCUGCCGAGCACGUUAAUACCUGCGAGCGGGAGAUGAAUCGCCUGCGUCAGAACCGCAGGGGCCUGGGACGUGCGCAAACCUACGCUUUCGGCCAACAAGAUCCAGGAUUGCAGGAUUCUCCCACUGCUCCCGGUCGUGCCAACCCUCGCGAUCGUGACAUAUCCAGGAUGUUGGGUGGCUCCCCAACCCUCGCUGUCGAGCGAGGACCUGCCAGGAGAAUGGCGUCCUAUUAACAGCUUCGUCGUCGAGCACCUCCCCCCGCCCACCUUUUGCUUCGACGCAGGGGGGGAGGGGGUACCUUAUGGAUCGGCAACCGGCAAUCUUGUCUGCUGGCGGCACCCUGUGAACACAACUCUACCAUCCUACCACAGCUGAUCAUUUCCUUUGUCAUUGUUCAACUUCUCUUUCAUGCCUUUGGCUCAACCCCACUGGGACUCCCGGCCGGUUUGUCGGCGGAAGGAGUG